AUGACUGCGACUUCCCAAAUCCCCGUUCCAGCCCACAUCCUCGCGGAAUCCAUGUUAUCCCGACGGUUUGGCCGCGAAACGGUGAACUAUUUCUCCAGCUCCCCAAUCAAUCGCUUAUCGUUCCUUCGUGGGGAUCAUACAUUCAUCUCGACUGCACUGAAGCACCCCUCUACGCAGUUUAUCCUGUUAAACAACCUCGCCCCAUUGACCCGCUCCCCCGCCGAGCUGUACUAUGCGAAGCAUGAGGAACUUAGCAAACUUAUUCCAGCAGAUGUCUAUGAUCAAUCUGAAGAAGACAUGAUCAAGAACUUUGACUCCCGCCAGACUCAUCCAACCUUGAUUUUCCUCGGUUUAGAUGAAAGUCGCAAAGAGAAUAGCUUGUCCUAUAAGAUUUACUCUGGAAUUCCUUUCUUCGCAGUUGAUGUCACACCCAAGGGCUCCGAAGUGCAGCAAACCGCGUGCAAGGAUAUAAUUAGUGCCAUGGAGGAGAAAGGGCUUUCUUUCUUCCAAACUAGGGUUGUGACGACAUUUACUUCCGAUGAAGCCGCUAUAUACGCCCAGGCCCGCGCAUUGACCGACUGGAACACCCGCAACACCUUUUGUGGCACAUGUGGUAACCGCACUCUCUCUGUGAACGCAGGAACUAAGCGUGCCUGCCCUCCCACCGACACCGCACGUGCUGCGCAAGGCCAAUCUGUGGAAGGCCCUGCAUGCACAACCCGUACAACAAUCUCGAACCUGUCGUUCCCCCGUACAGAUCCGACUAUCAUCGUGGCUGUCGUCUCCGCAGACGGCCACCGGGUUCUACUGGGCCGGUCCAAGAGAUUCCCUCCGAGCUUGUACUCCACUCUUGCAGGAUUCAUCGAACCCGCUGAGUCAAUCGAAGACGCUGUGCGUCGCGAAGUAUGGGAAGAAGCUGGAGUGACCCUUUCCCGGGUCGUAAUUCAUUCUUCGCAGCCCUGGCCGUAUCCUGCGAACCUCAUGAUCGGUGCUAUUGCGCAGGUCAGCGAUCCGACCCAUGAGAAGAUCAAUCUUGAGCAUGACCCAGAACUGGAAGAUGCGCGCUGGUUCUCACUCGAGGAAGUGGAAGAGGCAUUACGCAUUGGAACUAGCGAUCUGAGCUCUCCGGCCGGUCCUGAGUAUAAGGGUGGAUUGAGGUUGCCUCCCCCGACUGCGAUUGCGAACCAGUUGAUUCAAUCAGCCAUUAGUAAAGACUACUUCCAUCCUGAUGAGAAGGCCUCUAAGAUGUGA